AUGACUAAUAUUCUUUCUCAACUAGUAGAGCAGCAGGGUCAAGCCUCUAUUAAUCAACCUAGGGACCCUGAAAUGGGACAAGAUAGGGCCCUGGAGAAAUUUCAAAAGUUCUCUCCUCCUAAGUUCCUGGGAGGACCGGACCCUGAGGGAGCGGAGAGAUGGUUAGAGACCAUGAUUAAUAUAUUUGCCGCUCUAAACUAUGCGGAGAAUAAACAAGUGCAAUUUGCCAUUUUUCAAUUUGAAGUUAUGGAACAAAGGAGAGUACAGAGGUUUGUGCAAGGGCUCAAUGUAGAGAUACAGGAGGCCUUGGCGGCGGCUCAGAUUAAUACUUUUACGGAAGUUUUGGAGAAAGCCCAGAGAAUAGAAAUUGUUAGGGCACAAGUAAGGGGUUUUCAUGCAAAAAGGAGAGGUGCACCUGGUGGAAGUCAAGGGCAAGACCAAGGUAAACUAGAUAAGCCACCCUCUAAGAUGGGUCGAGAAGAUGGUGGUGAGGAAAUUUCGGGGACACCUAAGGGAAUUACUUCAAGAGGGGCCUCAGGUGGAAGGGGCCAAGCAAGAGGUGCCUCGCAAGGAGAUCAGACUCCAGUCCCUCGAGUAUCUUGUGGAUACUGCGGGAAAUCCAACCACACAGAAGAUAAUUGCUGGCGAAAGGCUCGAAAGUGUUUACGGUGUGGAAGUACUGAGCACCAGAUCGCCAAUUCUCCACUGAUCAGUUAUACCCAGCCAACCGACACAUCAAACCUUAAACAACCGAAUAGAGGAGGGGAUAAAUCCAGAGUGCCAGCUAGAGUAUAUGCUUUAGGACACCAAGGUACAAUGCAUGUUUUCCCUUGUCUGGCUACACUUUUGGCUAAUGGUGAGAUUUGGGAGCUAAAGAAUGACAUGUAA